GAGUUACUCUGAAGUAAGCAGACCAACUCCACAAUGUCCUUACUUGUUGACUAAUUGUUCUACCUACAGUUCCCUAUGGAAGCCUUUAAAAAGUAGCUUUAUUCAACAUCGAGCAUUCAUAUCAAAAUGAUGUAUGAUCAUAUUCUCCUCCUCGUCCUCCUUCUUAUGGGAUUUCUGGUCUCCUGGUUUGGACCACUGGAUGCCUAUGAUGAAGAGGAGACCAUAUGCAGCCUUCCAAAGAAAACUGGACUAUGUAGAGCAGCCUUCCACCGUUUUUACUUUAACAGCGAAACUGGGCAAUGUGAGAGUUUCACUUAUGGUGGCUGCGAAGGAAAUGCAAAUAAUUUUUUAACAUGGGAUGAAUGCUUUUCAAAGUGUGAAGAUAAGUUCAUAUGCAGCCUUCCAAGGGAAACUGGACGUUGUAGAAGAUCCUUCCGUCGUUUUUACUUUGACAGCAAAAGUGGGCAAUGUGAGAGUUUCCGUUAUAGUGGCCGCGGAGGAAAUGCAAAUAACUUUUUAACACAGGAUGACUGUGUUACAAAGUGUGGAGGGUCGUCGUCCGAAGGGGGGAUGGAUUCUCCAAACUGACAUUUCACAUCCGACCAGAGCAAAGGGGGGCAAAGAAACGGAUGAGGAAGACCAUUUGGGAAGACUGAUUUAUGACCUGCUCUGGUUUUCAAACGUGGGAGAGGACAGUUGGCGGGGAGGUGUGAAUGGGGAAGGAGAAACGUGAGAGGGGGAGGGAAGAAGCAACUUGAUAUACUGGGGGACGAGCGGAAGAGGGGCAGUAUAAGCUAUGUGAUCAUCUUGGCAAGGCGGAUUCAAUAAAGUUUUCCAUAGCUCCAA